AUGCCCAAAUUUUACAUUUAUAUGUUCUUUCUAAAGCACUUAAGUUUUCUAUUUCUUCUUCGCAGGUUUGAAGAAAAAGCUCAGACUGAUCCUCUUAGUGCACUGAAGUACCUACAGAAUGAUUUGUACGUAACUGUGGAUCACUCAGACCCUGAGGAGACAAAAGAGUUUCAGCUUCUUGCCUCAGCAUUAUUUAAGUCUGGCUCGGAUUUCACCACUCUUGGGUUUUCAGAUGUUGAUCACACUUAUGCGCAGAGAACUCAGCUGUUUGACACAUUAGUCAACUUCUUUCCGGACAACAUGACCCCUCCUAAAGGCAACCUGGUAGACCUCAUCACGCUGUAACAGAGAGCGAUCACUGGACAUGUGGAAGAGGGGAAAAGCAUCCAUUUUCAGUAUUUUAAUUUUUUUUUUACUGCAUCGAUUGACUGCUGGGAUGAAGUAAUAUAGUAACCCCUAGGUGUUUGAAAGGGGUUUUAUACUUGUAUGGUGAAUCCCUAAAGCUUUUCCCUUGGAGUAGGUUAAUAAAAAUGUAACUGACAUACUUCUGACUAAAUAUAUAUAUAUUUUUUCUGACAUUGAAUUUUGAGUUAGCAAAUGUAAGGAGAAAAGAGAGGGGAGGAGAAGAAAAUAAAACCCCAUCGUGCAGUGAUCGCUUUUCCCUCUAGAGGAAAAUUGAAAUUCGUGGGCUGUCUGGAAUUAAAGAUGAUGGGUUUUAUUUUGGAUUUCAGGGGAAAGUGGGUGGUGGUUCUUUGUUCAUUUGUAGCUAGUCAUGAUGUAUUGCUUUGUCCUACAAGUCCAUCCUCAGCAGCUGAAUAACUUGGCAGCAAGACACUGGCGUGUGUUGAGGUAACAGUAAUAUAUGUGUCUUGAGUCUUGUAAUCGCAGGGUGUCAUGUGAAGGGAGCAUGUGUUACAAAUUGUCUGUCUUCUCUUUCGAGAACCUGGCUGGCAGCAGUGUCUGAUUGCAUUCGAUAUCUAGUCUAAACCUAAAUGCCUAACUUCUGUUCUCUGGAGCCUUCCACUUAGACCUGACAGUCAUGGGGGAGCCUCGGAGAAGCUGUCAGAAAAUGGGGGUGGAGGGAUUGUCUGCAUGGGCUCCUUUUCAGGGAUCGCUCUGUUUCCAGUGCCAUGCUCUCCUGAUGGAAAAACUCUGCAGGUCCUCACAGCGCUCUGCAGAACUGGGUCUUCCAUUCACACACCCAACCUCUGCAACCUGACUCCAGGUUGGGUGUAGGAUUUCCGAAGCAGAUUGUCUUCGUUUACAUACACCUAUGCUUUUGUGUGCAUUUGUCAGUGUGUAAAUGUAAAGAGGUUUGCUCCAAACAGCUUGUCUUCUGUUUGUGUAGUGCAGUUUCUUUACUUUUAAAUGCAUUUUAGACCUUGCUCUGAAUGUGAAGGAGGCCUUUUUAGCAUAAACUCCUUUAAAAAGCAAGCUGAUGCAUAUGUAUAGAAAAUAUAUUCUUCUUUGCUGAAAGCCUUCUUUAUAAAUAAGGUAAGGGCUUGGUGCUGCACUGUAAAGUGGAAUGAAGGAUACUCAUACUGAGCAUUAGCAGCUUUUUGCGUUCAGUGUCAGUAAGCAUUCAAUACAAAACUGGCUGUUGUAAAUUGUAUAUGCAACUGCAAAGCUUUAUGUCCAGAAUUGUUCGUGCCAGCAGGGUACCAUUGCUGCACUCACUACGGCUACACAGCUCCUGUUGAACUUGAUGGAAGUCCUGUGUGUGUGCAAAGAUGAUUUGAACUCUUGAAAUAAAGAGUUAGUGAAGUGUCUUUUCCAGAGCUUGAGUGUCUGCUUGCUUUGAUUGCAUUGUAUUGCCUCUUUAAUCAUGUUCUUUGUGCAACUUCCGUAGUUCUGGUAUGUUAGAAAUAAAUUUUAAACCUCCAUGCUAGUGAUUAAUCACCCAGAAAGGAACAAUGCGUUAGAGGUUGGGCUUUGCUUUGUCUUCAGGGAGGAGUAUAUAGAUGCAGUGUUUUAAGUAACCUGUAACUUGAGACUGUUUAGAAAUUGUAUACUUCAGUGGUCAGCAAAUCAGAUGUCUGUGGAAGAAUACGCAGUGCAGUAAAUGAAAUGUGAUGAAAUUGUUUCUUUGAAACGUGGUAUUUUUUUUUCCAGUGACAUGGAAAGUUUUUAGGUGACUGCUAGGUUUUAUGCUAUGUUUGCAGUUGCUUUGUUAACUAAAGUAGAGCCUGUGCCAUAAGAAUAGAGAUACUGGAUGUGCUAACCUGGGUGAGUUUUCCUUACUGAGGCAAGGUUUCCAUUGAGAUUGAACUGGACACAUCUCACACAACCAGCUAAAAUAUUGCAACCCUGGAGUACUUUUCAGCCUCAGCAUAAUUGUGAGCCCAAAACUAGAUUGAGGAGCUGUGGUGAGUAGGUGGUGGGAGUUCGGAAAUGCUAAAGGCUGUGUGAACAGUGUUGCUGCUGAGCUGGUUUGUAUUACAGAAAUUCAGUCAAAACUCACUGUCCUCAGAGGUACAUGCAAAUCCUGGCAGCCUAGCUUUCUUUCUGUAGCACAGAAUAAAUGAAUUCCUUGUCUGAAUUAGGGAAGCAUUGUUUCUAUAGGAUGGACGAUCCCAGUUAAUGAGAGCACUUCAGGAUGAUCAAAUAUUGGUCCACCUUUAUCCUGAGCCAAUCGAUUUCAGCUCAUACAAGCACAGUUUGUGGAUUCCAGCUGGUGAUUAACCAGCAGAAACUAUUUGCUCAGCUUCUGAAUAUUUGUUGAGCAGCAGAGGCACCCUGUGGCCAGAGUUGUUAAUCCACAGUGAGGGCUUCUCAUGACUUUGCCUAGGGUAUUUCCUGGUUCUGUGUGCUCCUACUAAAUGAUUUCUUAGCAUUGGUAUAUACUGCACUACCUGAUUUAAAAAAACAAAAAUUCUGAAUGGGGAAGUAU